AUGCGUUAUCGUUUCACUAUGACUUCCUCUCCCCUGCUUCAACUCGCAUCACAGCCCAGCCCGCUCCCGCUCGCUUACGACGUCCGUCCGACCUCCCUGCGAGGAGGCAACGACUUCUGGGCCUUUUUUCAGCAGCGGCAGGACAAGCUGGAAGAAACGACUCGCCAGAGUUUCUCCGACCAAUCAGAGGCCUCCGCGUGUGCCGAGCUGCGCGACAAUCCCGAGGGUCCGAAGGCAAUUGAAGACCCUCGGGUAGACGAGGACGGUCAAGUGGACGAUGUCAGAAAUAAUGACGGAGGGAUAGCGAUAGUUAACACUUCUUCCAGUUCCUCCAGUUUAGUUAGUCCGCAGAAUUUUCUCCAGCAGCAAUUGUCGUUACCGAAGCGGAGACCGCUAGGCCCGCCAGUGCAGGGCUCGUAUCUGUCGAAGCGCGAAGAUGAUAAGGGCAGAAAGCCGUUGUUUUCCUUCGGGGUCAUCACCGAUGUUCAAUACGCCGAUAUCAACGACGGCCAAUCCUUCCUCGGCAUCCCGAGGUUUUACCGCCAUAGCCUCCAAGUGGUAAAGAAGGCGGUGGAGGAUUGGAACCAAUCAACGCGUCCGAUGUCGUUUGCGGUUCAUUUCGGCGAUAUUGUUGACGGCUUCUGCCCUAGGGACAGAUCCGAGGAAGCUGUGAACACGGUUCUGGAUGCAAUGGCCGGAUUCUCAGCCGGUCCCACAUACCAUAUGAUCGGCAACCACUGCUUGUACAAUCUGCCCCGCGUGGCUCUCAAUAAGAUGCUCGCCAUCCCCACCGCUGCUGACAACCGCUCUUACUAUGACUUCUCGCCCUUCCCUAACUUUAGGUUCGUGGUUCUUGAUUCGUACGACGUGAGUUUGCUGGGGUGGCCUGAGGACCACCCACACGCAGUGAAGGCGAGAGAGGUGUUGGAGAGGGAGAAUCCCAACGAGGAGAAGAACAGCCCUGAGGGGCUCGAAGGGUUGAACAGGGAGGGAUCAGUGCACCAUCUGCACGCAGAGAGGCAGAGAAAGGUGCUGGAGAGGGAGAAGGUGCUGGAGAGGGAGAAGGUGCUGGAAAGGGCGAAGGUGCUGGAGAGGGCGAAGGUGCUGGAGAGGGCGAAGGUGCUGGAGAGGGCGAAGGUGCUGGAGAGGGCGAAGGUGCUGGAGAGGGCGAAGGUGCUGGAGAGGGCGAAGGUGCUGGAGAGGGCGAAGGUGCUGGAGAGGACGAAGGUGCUGGAGAGGGCGAAGGUGCUGGAGAGGGCGAAGGUGCUGGAGAGGGCGAAGGUGCUGGAGAGGGCGAAGGUGCUGGAGAGGGCGAAGGUGCUGGAGAGGGCGAAGGUGCUGGAGAGGGCGAAGGUGCUGGAUAGGGCGAAGGUGCUGGAGAGGGCGAAGGUGCUGGAGAGGGCGAAGGUGCUGGAGAGGGCGAAGGUGCUGGAGAGGGAGAAGGUGCUGGAGAGGGCGAAGACGUCUCAAAAGCCCUCUCUGCCUGCCCAUGCCGGCAGGCGGUUUGUGAAGUUCAACGGAGGCGUGGGGGAGGAGCAGCUCCGGUGGCUGGAAGGCGUGCUCUCAGAGUGCGAUGCGUUGGGAGAGACAGUGGUGCUGUGCUGCCACCAGCCCAUCGAGCCCACUGCUCUGCCCACCGCCACCUGCCUUGUCUGGAAUUAUGAUGAGGUGCUAGGGAUCAUUCACAGGCACGAGUGUGUGGCAGCAGUGAUAGCCGGGCACGCGCACUUCGGAGCAUACGCUUUGGACGCCAGAGGCAUUCACCACCGCAUCCUCGAGGGCGCUGUGGAGUGCCCCCCUGGCACCGUGGCGUUCGGCCAUGUGGACGUGUAUCCCGACCGCCUGUGCAUCAUUGGCAAAGACCGCAUGCUCUGCACUGAGAUGAAGUUCCCCUCUCGACCCGGCCGCUCCGCUUUCAUCUGCCCCCUUCCUCUCGCCACCACUCCCCUCUCCAUCUGCCUUCCUCCUCUUGCACACCCGGACCAGCUCUGCAUCAUUGCCAAGGACCGCGUGCUCUGCACUGAGAUGAAAUUCCCGUGUCAGUCUGGGAGCACUGACCUGUAG